CUUUUGGAGAUGACUGGUCAGUGGCAGAUCACUUGGGCUUGGAUCAGUUGGCUGACAGUCCUAUAAAUACUGUGAGUGAGGAGUAAGACCUUCAUCGAAAAGGUUCAAUCAGCAGUCAUGAGGUCUUUGAUGUUCCUGGUGCACCUUGGAGCCGUCUUUGCUCUGGUGAUUGACAAGAUUGUUGGUGGAUAUGAGUGCGAUCCCUACUCCCAGCCCUGGCAGGUGUCUCUGAACUCUGGCUACCACUUCUGCAGUGGCUCUCUGGUCAGUGAAUACUGGGUUGUGUCUGCUGCUCACUGCUACAAGUCACGUGUGGAGGUCCGUUUGGCCGAGCACAACUUCGUAGUUAAUGAGGGACCUGAGCAGUUCAUCUCCUCCCAGAAGGUCAUCCGCCACCCUGGCUAUGACUCUUGGACCCUUGACAAUGACAUCAUGCUGAUCAAGCUUAGCAAGCCCGCUACCCUCAACCAGUACGUGCACCCUGUGGCCCUGCCCAGUGGCUGUGCCGCCGCUGGCACAAUGUGCAGAGUCUCUGGCUGGGGAAUCAACAUGAGUUCCACUGCCAGCACGCUUCAGUGCCUAGAGAUCCUCAUCCUGUCUGACCUCGACUGCAACAUCUACUACCCUUUUAUAAACACCAAUACCAUGUUCUGCGCUAGAUACCUGGAGGGAGGAAAUUACUCUUGUCAGGUUGACUCUGGUGGCCCUGUGGUGUGCAAUGGUGAACUGCAGGGUAUUAUGUCCUGGGGUUAUGGCUGUGCUGAGAAGAAUCUAUGUGUGUGUGUCUAUGGCAAGGUCUGCGCGUUUAGCCAAUGGAUCACCAACACUAUGAAUAACAACUAAAGCUGAUACGAAAUCACAUACAGCCUCCAAAUCUUCAAUCCAUUAGUUUUUCCUUUUGUAGAUAAAAACCUGUGUGAAAAAAACAUUAAAAGAAAAUUCUGCUUUC